AUGCAGCUGCUUCAGGGCGCUACCUCCUUCGAUGAAUGGGACAGGAAGUGGUCCAAAUUGUCAAGCUUCAUGGCAGGUCCUUCAGCGUACGAUGCGGAAACAUGUCGAAACUGUCAGUUCCCAAGGCAGGUGCUUCAGCAUAGGGACUGGGAGUGGUUCCUAAACAUGGGCAAGCAUGCGCACAGCCUGUGUUAUGGUGGGCCAUGUCGCGAGACUGAGUUCAGCUUGCGCGAUCUACGCACUCUCGACAUCAAUGCAUCCAAGGAUCCUCCAGCUCGAAGCCUCAAGAAGGCAACAUAUAUGGCAGGAUCAUUCGGCACCAUUGGGUGGAAAACGUAUGCCAAACUUCCCACCAACUUCGAGCCAGACAGCGACGAUACAUUCAGGAAUCCGCAUACCGGAACAAAGUUCAUGGAAGAGACUCGCCAGGAUGGGACGAACACAGAAGCAGGCUUUGACUGA